AUGUCAACAACAGAGAACACAACAACAGUUAUAGUCCAUGAAGCUAUAAAUGAAGAAUAUGAGUGGGUUCAGUUUAACAAACAACUCCGUCUCAUUCGUUCGGUCAAAGACGAUAUGUACCAAAUGCAAAGUAUUUUGACAGCAUGUUUUGCUCCAGAUACCAAACAUACAGACGAUUGGUUCAAAAACCAAAGCACACAAGAACUUUUGAGCGAAGCACAGCGAGACCGACUUUUUUCUGGGUCGCCUAAAACUCAUGAAAAUCGUAAAAAUUUGCCAAAUGGUUUGAGAGGAUAUUAUGUACAUAG